AUGCUGCUAGUAGGUUUAGGUAAUCUUACACCCUAUAUGAUGUCAUAUUUAAAAAUACGUGUUGAUCCAAAUCUUGAUCCUGGCUCAGCAGUCUGGAUUUCUGCCAUUGCGCUAGCAAUGCAAGGCCUGUCUAUGCCGCUAGGUGGCGCUGCGGCACCAAAAAUAGGCUACAGAGCUGUCGUCAUCAUUGGAUCUUUAAUAAACAGUGGAAGCGUUAUUCUUACAUACUUCACGAUUCAGAAGGGCUUUAUUUACGUCGUUAUAACGUAUGCUGUCACCCUUGGUUUUGGAUUUGGUCUAUCCUAUGCCAUUAUUUUCUCGGUUGCUGCAUCAUGGUUUCCUGCUCGCAGAGCACUCAUCGUUGGAUUGAUUGUCGGUGGAUUCGGUUUAGGUGCACUAGUCUUUACUCCGAUACAAACUAUGUAUAUAAAUCCUGAUAAUGUAAUGAUUAAUAAUGCUUCGAGACUCUUUGAAAACGAUGCUCUCCUAGACAGGGUUCCUUCUGCUUUCCUGAUGCUGGGAGGCUCUCUUGCAGCCCUACAAUUCAUCGGCAUUUUGCUCCUCCGUCAAAAACCUGAAACCACGCCCAAGGCAAGCGCACAAACAGAUGACUCAGGAACCAAAAGGGAGCUGACGUCAUUGGUUCAGUCGGGCGAUGCGACUGACGAAAGGCAGGGCACAGGUGACGAAAAGGCACAAACCUCGGACAAACUCAGGGAGGCAAGAAUGCGUUUGAGACGUAAAAGCUCACUGGCGAUGGCUCACUCCAAUAUCGCUAAUCUAUCUCCCAUUCGCGAUAUGAAAGAUGUGGAAGAACCCCCGUGA